AUGCGCAUAUUGCGCAAUCGCCAAAAUCCCGCGUUCGUGCCGCGACCAGUUGUGUCGUAUGGGGUGUACAAAGGGCCGGCCCGAUUCGGGAGACCCGUCGAGGGAUCUGGACAGCUCGAAGGUGGGGACGAUGAGCUGCGGCUCGCGUUUGGGCAGGGGCUGUGGGGCGGCAGACUGCCAGACGACUGGCAGGUGAUAGACGCGGAAAUGUACGCGGUGCUGGCUUACCUGCGUAAGAUGGCAACGGCGGAAGAUGCGGCGGACAGGAGGGGCUCCGGGAGUGGGAUCGAGGGGAUAUGCCGAUAUCGCGCCCAGCUUGAAUCCGUCACGUUCCUGUGGGUACCGAGCCACGCGGGGUGCGCUAGCAACGCCUACGCCGACGCCGCGGCGACGGCAUACAUGGGGGCCAGCGAGAUUGAGGAUGCCACCGCCGUCAUCCGGGAAGCAGUGAGGACACGCCCGUGCCUGUACACGGACCGCCGGAGGACGGCAGACGGAGAGUGGAGGGGAGACGUACUGGACCGGAGGACCUAUUACGCCACACGCGGCCACACGAACGAGUGGGUGCGAGGACGGCUCGGCGAGGGGCUCACGGCGGGGUCGCACACGGCAGGGGUGACGGGGCCGCUGUGGAGCGAUGUGGUCAGGGGAACGACGAGACACAAAUGGGACAAGCGCCAGCGGAUCAAGGAUCUGCACGGCGAGCGCGAGAUUGAUUCGCCGACGUGGAUGAUCAUAACGUGGUGA